GUUCCAUCGUGCGUCAUGUUAUAAUUCUUUUCUCCGCAAAUGGCGCCAUAUGCAGCAAAGAGAUGAGCCCGGGUUGUACACAUUCCGAGCCACGCGACAGACUUCGGCACGGGUGCCCGUUGGGCCCGUAUGGCAGUGCAGGGCAAGUGAUGGCGACAAAAGGACGUCUGCGCAUCAUCGACUUGACUCUACAGAGCGAUAAGUGGUCAAGAGGUCGAUGAUGACGAGGUUUCAUGAUCUCAGCAACGUACAGUUGAUAUCAUGUAGUAGGAACCAUUAGGCAGACGUCUUUUGUGCUCACUCGUAGUUGAGACGAGUAUGUGUAUAUAAGUCACCACUGUACAUGGUUUUGACACAUUUCAAGCCAUCCAUCACUCCAACACGAAAGAUAAACAGAUCUAAAAGCACAAAAUCAACGAUCAAUCAACCAAAUCAAUAUGUCUGGCACCGACAAAUCUCACGCCACGGGCGACUCCAUUGUUCCCGAGAAGGCCCAAGAGGUACUCCCCAAGGGAGUCGAGCAGAGUGUUCCUGACUCGGUUCACGAUACCGACUCUUCAGUGAGCCACGCCACUGGAGAGUCCAUGGUCCCAGAGGCAAUCCAGAAGGCUGCCCCGGAAGGUCUUGAGAAGGCUUUGCCAGAAAGCGUUCAUCCCACCAACUGAACAUCCACCCUCCACUGUCAGCAACUCGUGGAAACACAAUGAAGGGCAAUCGACCGCUAUCUGAAAUCACGAUACGUGCUUGGAAUUGAACAUUGCAGGCGAUUUACAUUGGUUCACAAGAUGAAAGGAGAUAUAGCAGUUAUGCGACACAUCAACGUCGUCUGAACGUGUUAUCAUAGUUUAUAUGUACAUAUGUGCUUUGAGCCAAUAAUAACAUAUCAUGUCUCCAUCG